AACGCAUUGGCUUCUAUGAAACUUCGCUACCAGUCUAUGUAUACAUUGGAAGCUGCACCAAAUCUAGUUUGGGUAUAUUAAAGUACCUGGUUCGUGCGAGAAGACGACGCCGUUUCGGAAAUGGAAGAAAAGCGCAUAAAUCGCUUUUACUACCAAGACUUUCCCGGCGCAAACUGGAGACCGACUCGGUUGGCUUCGACGGUGCCAAGUUCAUGCAUGUGCUCUGUCUGUGGCAUGAUUCCGACGUGGCGGAAGAAGCUGCCAUGUUCGCACGUCCUUUGUCCUGUUUGCCACGCAGCCAGCUCCCAAAAUGGUGCCGGUCUUUGUCCCUUGGAUAGGCAGCCAUUCAACAAGGCGAACAGCAUCAACCUUCACUUACCCACCAAGGAAGUCCGCAGAUUUGAGGUUCAUUGCUGGAAUGAAGUGCAGGGAUGCCACUUCGUGGGCCCUUUGGAAAAACUGCUGUGGCACUACGACGAGCACUGCAAAUUUCACGUUGUGGAAUGUUUGCGCUGCGCGAAGCCCGUCUUUCACGUGGACCUGGUUAAGCACCUCGAGAAAGACUGUGGUGCCGCCUCUUCACAUUCGGCCAAAAAGAUUUCGCCCUCGGAGUCGUCAGCGGGAACGCCUGUGCACUCGUCGGAAGACCCGGCAAUGCUACAGCAGGAUACUUGUAGCGGACUGCCAGCCAUUAUGACACUGCUUAAUAAGGCUGUACAAUAUGCUAAACGCCACGAAGUGUGGUUCAACACUGGCAUUAGUGACUUCAAGGCGUCUAUGCUGAAAUUGAAAAGUGACAUGGCUAAAUCGUUCAACGUUGUCUCUUCGAUCCCGUCACGUGAGAGCUCAGCCAGAGCAUCUCUGUUGUCGGAGACAGAGAGCGCAGUAGUUCUCCGAAAGCUGGAGCACUUUGCCCACAUGUCCAUAAACCAGCUCGAACAUAUGCGACAGAUGGUCACUCAGCUUGCAGGACACCGGUCUGUGACCGUGGACUGCAAGGCCCUUGUGCAUUCUCCCGACAGGUAUUACCGCUUAAGCAAUGCAGUAUCCGCGGAAAACGGCUUGAACAAUAAAAUUUCAAAGCAAGUCUACGCAUUGCGCUUCGGGAAUGCCGAAGAACUUUUUUCGAGCGUGCCGGGAUCUAUUAAGCUUGCUGAUGUCACAAUGCCCUUCACGAGGGACACAUAUUUCACGGUUGUCAUCUCGAAGAGUACUGUACCUCUAAAGGAUACAAUGCUUUACAUUGAUAUUGGGUUCACCGGACUCCUUGAGGACUCUCGGUGCGAAUUGGAUCACUGGACCGUGAGAGUUAAACAUCCUGAUAACGUGGACCUAGAUCUAGAAGGCCCCAACGAAAGUGGCUGCGGCUGUACGCAAGCUACGGAAAAAUAUGUGCAUUUUCACCGUGGUUUUUCUGUAAAACUUGAUUUCGUGAGGUCUGGCGACUUCCUCAAGAACGGCUGUUUGAUGCUCGAGAUCCAGUUUGACGAGGCCUAAUCACUUAGUAUGCGUGUGUAGUAAACGUUCCACUCAAUGCAAGAUGUUUUACGCUGUGAAAGUUGUAGAUUAUGUGCCAGCUCUACAAGUGUCUAUAUACGGCCUUAUUUUUAAUGUUUGCUUUUUGCUUUAUUUGAAAUAUGAUUUGUUUUGAUAUCGAUUGACCUCUUUGUUAGGCAAUUUCACCUUGAAAACAAUAGAUAUUUUUGUUUAAUAAAACACUGCUGGUUGCUGGGUAGAA